AUGGCAGUUGCCACGCCGCCAGGGUUCUACGGAUCUCAACGUGAGGGUAAGCUGAUGGGGGACCCAUCCGGCCAUCAAAGCAGCUACAUCUAUUUCGAUUCGGAUAGCUCCACACUGCGAGCAGAUUCAUUCUCAGAUGGAAUUCUUAGGUGCAAGGGAUGUAACUAUAUUCUCAGCGCAGAGCACGUCACGGCAUGCAGGUACUGCAUGGGUGACUUGAACACCAAAAACAAGAAGCUCAGGAGUACACUUCAUGAAUUGGAGGAAGAACUGCUAAGGCUGCAGCGAGAUCUCAGUUUUCUCAGAACAUGGGAUGAGGAGCUCACCAAUAGCACAUCAGGAACUGGUGACAUAACUCUGAAGACUAGAGAUGGCAACUUUUUUAAGGCACAUCAGCUUAUUUUGGCAAGCCGGUCUCCAGUCUUCAAGAGGCUCUUAGACGAAAGGCGUGAGGUAGACAAAGGGGUGCUCACAGUCCACGACAUGAAUCCAGACAUAUUUGCUCCGUUUUUGGACUUCCUCUAUACGGCUCAGGUUAGCAACAAAGUGCUGGAAAAGAAUGCGUCAGACUUGCUAGCUGCAGCUCAUAUGUACAGCAUUCCCUCGCUGAAGUCCAUAUGCGAAGGCUUCAUAUGCCAGCAGAUGAGUCGAGAUAACGCUGUCGCAAUGGUAGAGUUGGCCUGCAAGUAUGACGCGGUAAGCAUUCGAGAGGCAGCCUAUGAUGCGGUGACUAUGACUUACAGAGACAUUCUUGCCUGUCCAAAUUUCAAGAAACUUUUGGAAAGAGAACCCCGAAUUGCGGCCGAUAUGCUUAAGGAAAUACUUCUCCGGACAACAGCUUAA